AUGGGUGAACAAGUCUACCAUGGAGCCCAAGCAUGCUCAGGCACCAACCUCAGGAAAUGCCAGGAUUUGGGAGACUCGAUUCUUCUGCUUCUGGGCAGCUUCAUCAUGCUCAACGUGGGCUUCAACGUGGUCACUCUGCUCUGGAAGCAUCUGAAGUGCUCCCUGCGGAUUCUUUUCCAUCAUUUUUUCCCCAAAGAUAAGCAACCCGUUGGUCUGGCCAGCCAACCAACGUGUAUGCGGCACGCAGCCGAUAACAAGAGCCCGUGCCCAAGAAUGCUCUCCCGGCUCCACCACCGCAGCUUCCUGCUCGGGGCUGUCAAUCACCUUGACUCUUGGAUACCAGACACAAAUGACGAGAACCUGCGGAUGCCACCCCCGUGCGGACACGACAGAGCUUCCUCGGAUGCUCCCUGGGAACUGUGGAAACGGGGGCUGAUGGGCGCUGCGGAAGAUCCUCAGGCCGCAGUCACGAAGAUCCAAGCUGCUUCAUUUCCCAGGCCAGAGACUGCUCCCCAGACUCCAAAGACAAGCAAGCUGGACUCGGCUCCACCCUCUUCACCCCAAGACAGCAAGACUAAGGCAGCGGUUGGCAGCCUGCCCCAUGCUCCGGCCCAGGCUGUAACCUCUUCCUCAGCCAACACCCACGAGCGCCCUGGCACCCAGCCUCAGGCCUCAGAGCGCACUCAGCUCAGGCCUGAGCAUACCUCGGCCCAUACCCCAGCCCUCAGUGAAGCCCCAGAACCAACCAGUGCUUCAUGCCCAGCCCCCACCCCGUUCCACCCCCCAGCCCAGGCCCCAACCUAUCAUCAGGCCCAUGCCUUGGCGCCUAGCCCAGCCUCUGCCCCAGUCUCCAGUGCCCCGGCCUCUGUCUCAGCCUCUGCCCCAGCCCCUGCCUCAGCACGGUCACAGACUGUGCCCACCACCCAAGCCUCUGCCACCCUGCCUCCCGCUCCUUGUACUCGGGCUAGCUUUGCUCCCAGCUUCUCCACCGGCCGGGUGGUCUACGAUGCCCGCAGAGUGAAGCAGAGCCCUCUCCUGAAGAACGGCUCUCAGUGCUUCAGGAAGGACGCAAGCAACCUCUCCAGGACACAGGAGGUGGAGGGCCUGGCCAAUUCUGGCACUGCUGAGCAAACACCAAAGCAGCAAGCUGGGGACAGUGCUAAGCCUCCUGCAGGGUCUAUCCUGGGCUACCUGGAGUUGGGGAACAUGGAAUGGAAGAUCUCAGACAAUGCCAAAGAUAAGUUCCCCCAGCCCAAGACCUUCCCUUACUGCAGCUUUCAUCCUUGCUGCUCUGAGAGGAAAAAUGACGAACCCCAGGCCCCAACCUACCCCAAGAUCCUGGUCUACACCCAGGACACGACUUCUAAACCUUGUCUCCACUCUCCAACCGCGGCUCAGAGCGCGCUGCCCGCCAGCCCUUCGAGGUGCACCCUCUCCCUGCCUCUUGUCUCCCCCAGAACCUUCGCUGCUCCUCAGUCUCACCCCCAGAAGCCCUGCAGCUCAACACAAGCCCCCACCUUCCUCUCGACCUCCACGUCUACUCACACUGUCUCGUCUCCCCACUCCUCCAUCCCUUCUCAGUUCUCCACCGUUUCCCAAACCUUAAUCCAAGCUCCGAACCCCGAGAACCAAAACCUUAACCAGGGCGUCGGUCUUCAGAAGACCCCAUCCCUUGCCAAGGACUCUGGGGCUCCCAGGAACUGGGGUUUUCCCCAAGAUACAGGCCUCCAGAAGGACCCAAGCCUUACCCCGAGUCCAGGACUCUGCAAGAACUCAAGCCACAACAAGAACUUGGGUUCCUACAAGUUUCCAGCCCAUAUUCAAGAUCCUUUUCUCUGCACAAAUCCAAACAUUCCCCAAGGGUCCUACCUUCAAAAAAAUCUACAUAUCAAUGAAGAUGCCAGCCUGAGGACUUCCGCUGCUGUUCAGGAUGCCGGCAUCCUUGGGAACCAUCCACCCUCAGGUCUCAUCCAACCUUCCAGCCUCCCCAAAAAUAUAAUAUUUAAUCAGUCAUCUGGUCAGAGGACUUUGAGCUUUCUGCAAGACUCUGUGAUCCACAGGAACACUGCAUCAAGCCAAAACCCUGUAACCAACAAAAAUAAAGAUCUCUGCCCGGCAACUAACCAAACAAAGCCAGACCCCUCUCAAGGUUCCGGAGUUAACAGUGGCCCAAGAGGUGUUCAGCUUCCAGGAGUCUGCAGGGAUGUCGGCCUCACUCCAGCCUCUAGGCCACAGAAGACCCCGUGCCGCACCCAAGAUUCUGAAGCUAACGAAAGCGCAGGGUGCGCCCAGGAAUCUAACGACCCCAAGAGCCCAGGGCUUGACCAAACCUCUUGCCUUCACAAGAGCUCAGGUCUCACACAUGUCUCAGAAGACAGCAAGAAUCUAGACCCUAGCCAAGAUUCUGGAAUCUGCAGAGUCCCAGGUUUUAACCAAGACUCUGACUUCCACAAGAGCCAUAGCCUCAUCAAUGCCAAGAAAAGACUGGAUCUUGACCAAGAUGUUGGCGAAGACCCGGACCUUCAGGAGUGCCCAUCAGCCGGUCAAAACCCUGGUCUUCACCAGGCCCCAGCACUUGGCCAAGGCUCUCACGCUAAGCCUCCAGGCCCUACCCAGCAAGCUUGCCCCUGCAAGGACUCAGGCCCCAAUGAGAAAACGGGCUCUGUUCCAGGUACGGACUCUGUCCAAGUCUUGGGUCCACUUCAAACACUGAUGCUGUCAUCUUCCCCAGUGAAAUCCGUUGCAGGUAAGAUGGCUUCUCAGAAGGACAAUGCCAAGCAGCAAGCAUCCUGGACUUCUGUCCCAGUCGGUCAGAACACCAGCCCUUCCAAGGCCCAUGUGGCGUCCACUGCCCUGAAAACGUUUUCUGAGGUCCCCGUACUGAUUGAGCUGCAGCCUCCCUCCCGGCCCUUAGGCAGCCAGGACUGGGUAUACCACACUGCAGAUACCGUAACCCCGGCUUGCCAGAAGCAUCGUCAGAUGCCUCCCAAAGCCAACUGGAAGCCCCAUCCCCCUGGUCCAGGUACCCGGACGGGUCAUGUGGUCUUUGAUUCCUGCCAGAAACCAUUAGUCAACAGCAGGAAGAAGUGUGAAGCUCUGUCUCCCCGGCGUGCGCAGCAAGAGGCAUCCAGAAGCUCAGAGGAGGCCAAGAAGGAAUGGGGGUACCAGGGUGUGAUGAGGACCUUGAACGAAGAAAAGGCGAAUGUGCGUCGGGAAUAA